AUUUCCACACAUCCACACAUCCACAUUCCAUAUCUCCCAUCCAUCCUACAGCUUCAGAACCCCACAUCCUUCUUUUCGCGACCCAUGUCAGACCCCGGUGUUCCACAACCACCAGAGCUGGAGCCCUCGCUCGUUAUCACCGCAUGCGAUACCUACGAGGGACAGGUCCUUGCCUCCAUGCUGGCUGACCACCUUGCAAAGCUCUCUAGCCAAGGCGGUAUCGAGUCCCCGAAGCUCAUCUGUCUCGCUCGCGAACCCAAGAACUGCGGUCAACUCCACAGGAAGAAGAACGUUAAAAUCGUUCGUAUCUCCUACGAUGACCCCAAUACCAUCACCAUCGCUCUCCGAGGUGUACAGACCGUCAUUCUUGUCCCCGAGAUCGAACCCCAGCGUGUCGACUGGGCUAAUAAGCUGGUCGAAAUCAUGGACCAAGAGCGGGUUAUCCGUUGCAUUCUCAUCUCGAGUAUCGGCACCGAUGCCACAGACAGAGAGCAUCUCGAUCGAUUUGUACGUACUGAGGAGAAGGUUAAGGGAGCCAUCCAGCGCUGGACCAUCUUGAGAGAAGGAUUCCCCUUCCAAGCCUUGUUCUAUUGGAUCUCUAUGAUUCGAGACCAGGGAUCGCUUGGCAUGUCUAUCAGCCCUGAUGCUGUGUUUGCACCCUUGGACAUCACUAAUCUCGGUGAUGCGUUGAUCUCGGUGGCUUUCCCCAUCAAACGAGGUGAUUACGAUCAUGAAACCGACUAUGGCAGUGAUAGUUCAGGGUCAGUUGAUGAGGACACUCCGUCUUCGGUCCUGGAUGAGAUGGAGAGAUUCGAUGGUCAGAUUUACACCCUCACCGGGCCCGAGACGACCACUGGCCCCAAACUUGCUGAGGAGCUCAAUCUUAUUCUAGGCUCGAGAUCAGAGAAGGGUGGAGCCAAUGCAGAUGGUGCUACGCGCAAGGAGGAGGAGCCACCGAAGCUUAUCAAUUUCAAGACGAUGACCAGAGACGAGCUUCGGACCUACCUUCGCAACCUCCGGAACCGAGACAAACAUGAGCCUCUGGAGACCGCGCGUCACUAUGGACUCGGCAACAUUUUAGGCGUUCGUGGAGCCAUCCGACUCUUCUUAAAGGCAACUGAGGCCGCGUUUGGAAGUCGGCAUGCCGAACCUACCGCCUCUGGCAUUGCCUCGUCUAAAAAUAUCUCGACAAUCGCGUCUCUUUUGGACAAGAAACAAACUACGGAGGAAGAGUGGGAGGAGGCUGAAAAAGAUGACGACGGUGAAGACGAGAUCUUGUCCAUGGAUGGCGAGUUGACCUCGGGCCAUAAGGAUCCUAAGUGCCUUGAUUGCCCACAAGGACCAGACGAGCCUAAUAAAGAGCCCGGCAAGGAACCGAAGCAACCAGACGAACCCGGCAAGGAGCCACCCAUGCAUCAUCCUCCGAAUCUUCUUCCGCCUAACGACGACGAAGUGGAGUUGAUCCUGGACUUAUUGGACUAUAUCAACGAGGGGCGUGCGACAUUCCAGUCGGGGGACCUGGAGAAGGUGGCAGGUAUCCGAGGCAAUAACGCCAAGGACUUUUUCAAGCGGUACCGCCAGGACUUUGGCCCUGGCCAGGAGGCGCACUGA